AUGAUGUCCUUUCUCUUAUCCUCUCUCUCUUUCUCUUGUACCAUCUGCCAUCCUUUCCCAUAUCCCUCUUAUCCUUCCCUCCUCUCUAGUGCCAUCCUUUUCCCUUAUCCUUCCUCCUCUCUAGUGCCAUCCUUUUCCCAUAUCCUUCUCUUAUGGCAUCCUUUUCCCAUAUCCUUCUCUUAUGGCAUCCUUUUCCCAUAUCCUUCUCUUAUGCCAUCCUUUUCCCAUAUCCUUCUCUUAUGGCAUCCUUUUCCCAUAUCCUUCUCUUAUGGCAUCCUUUUCCCAUAUCCUUCUCUUAUGGCAUCCUUUUCCCAUAUCCUUCUCUUAUGGCAUCCUUUUCCCAUAACCUACUCAUAUGCCAUCCUUUUUUUCCCAUAUCCUUCUCUUAUGCCAUCCUUUUUUUCCCAUAUCCUUCUCUUAUGCCAUCCUUUUUUUCCCAUAUCCUUCUCUUAUGCCAUCCUUUUUUUCCCAUAUCCUUCUCUUAUGCCAUCCUUUUUUCUCAUAUCCUUCUCUUAUGCCAUCCUUUUUUCCCAUAUCCUCUCUUAUGCCAUCCCUUUUUUUUUCUCAUAUCCUUUCUUAUGCCAUCUUUUUUUUCCAUAUAUCCUUCUCUUAUGGCAUCCUUUUUUUCCCAUAUCCUUCUCUUAUGCCAUCCUUUUUUUCCCAUAUCCUUCUCUUAUGCCAUCCUUUUUUUCCCAUAUCCUUCCUCCAUUCUUUCCUCUUGUCCUUUCCCCCCUUCUCUUCCUCUUCCAUUCUAAUGCUGUCCUUUCCCUUUACACCUUGUCCUCUCUAGUUUUGUCCUUCCCCCUCUCACUUCUUCCUCUCUUGUUUUGUUACUCACAUUCUCAUGCUGUUCUUCCAUGUUAUGCUAACUAUUCCUUACUUUUUCUCCCCCCCCCCGCAUCUUCCCAUACAACAACACCUGCCUUUAUAAUGCUCCUCCUCCUCCGUUUUUUACUCUUUUUCCUUCACUUUGUUUCCUGCCAUCUCAAGAUAGUUAUAAUUCUUGAAUAUUACUUCAGCUACACAUUUAUUUUACAGUUUUUUUUCUCUUCUGUAUACACCACUUUUCCUUUUCAAAUGUUUUCCACUUUGCAAUUCGCUCUAUCUACCUUUUCUGGGUCUUGA